AUGGAUGCUGACUUCGAAGAACUUUCCCACGACACAGAGCUUAUUGCGAAAGUGAAGCAAUUUCGAGAUGCAACAUUGAAAAUCGAAGAGACGAUCAAACUUGCUACAGAUCCAGAUGUAUACGAGAAACUUUCUAACGCUGAUAAAGUUAAACACGAUCUAUUGAUAUCUUAUAGUAUAAACAGUUUGUUUUGGAUGUAUUUACGUGCAGAAGGAAUCGAUCCAACAAAGCACAGAAUAAAAUCAGAAAAUGAUCGUUUGAAGAAGUCUAUGACACGCGCAAAACAAAUUGAAGACAGAAACACUCUUAUGCCACGUAUAAAUAAAGAUGUUGCGCAAAAAUUUGUUAGAAAUGGAUUGUGGGACGCAAGGAAUAACCAACAGAAAUACAAAGACAUCAAACAUACAAAUGAUAAUAACAUGACUGAAACUUGA